GGCUGGCCUUACUACUUCUAGCCGACAUGCAGGAGUAGCAUGGCGGGAUGAUGCUGGGUGGCAGGCGAGCUGCCUAUCGCGGUGUCUUCUGCGAAUUCCGUCCUGAUGUAUCUGAUGUAAAUUGUAGGAUUGCAGCAGCUCAAUGACAGGGCACAUGGCUCGAGCGUUCCUUUCUGCUUUUUUCCUCGUCCUCUGCAUCUCAUGCUUGGCCACGAUCGGCGCCACAAUCUCUGCGCCGCACCUGGUUCUCGACCUCCCGCUGCAUCAGGAUGAAUUCAGGUCUGUCGCGUCCGCUGCCGCUCCCCGGCCGCCGGCGCUGGCGGGCAUGCAGGCCAGCCUCUCUAGCGAGGGACUCAACUACGUCAAAGAAGUGCUGGUGCAGCAGAUCCUCCAGCAGCAGCUGCCGCUGGUGGUGCCGGACCUGCGCGUGCGCGAGCGCUCCCCAAUUGGCCAUGUGGACGUGGUGCUGUCGCACAUCGUGCUGCCCAACAUGAGCGUCCCCGAGGCGCACAUCGACCUGGAGCCCGCGGGGGCCGUCAUCACCAUCUUUGCUGCGGGGGUCACCGCCAACGUGUCCCUCAGCUGGGCGUACAAGGUAGCCGCGCAGUAUUGGCCGUGGCCCAUGGGGGACGCCGGGCGCGGCCACAUCGAGAUUGAGGGGCUGCAGACGGGGGUCAGCUUCCGACUGAAGCAGGCUGGGGGCGGGGUGCUGCUGGAGGUGGUGCAGACGGGGACGUUCAUUGAGGCGCUGCACGUGCACCUGUCGGGGGGCCAGUCGUGGCUGUACAACUGGUUCAUCCAGGUGCUGGGGGGGAAGAUCCGCGCCGCACUGGAGAGCGCCGUUGGGGGGGGAGUCGCCAAGGGGGUCGCCAAGCUGGACAAAUUCUUGCAGACGCUACCACAGCGCAUCCCAGUGGACCAGUUUGCGGCCAUCGACGCCACGCUGCUGCGCGACCCCCUUGUCGAGAGCGCCAGCCUCAGCUUCCCCCUCUCCGGCCAGUUUGUGCCCACAGCCGGCCACCCUCCCCCUUUCACGCCUGCCCCGCUGCCCUUCCCCGCGCUGUGCGGGGCGGAGCGGCCGCACGCGGUGGCCACUGUGAGCGCAGCGGUGCUCAACAGUGCGGGGGCCGUGUACUUUGCAGCGGGGCAGCUCACGUGGCCCGUGGACGAGCUGCCAGCAGGGUCGCCCGUGCAGCUCAACACGCGCAGCUGGCGCUUCCUGCUGCCGCGGCUGUACCUGCAGUACCCGGACGCGGCCAUGGCGCUAAACAUCAGCUUCACCGCCGCGCCCGUUGUCACGCUCGACCCGGACGGCGUGGCCGUGGCGGCGCAGGCGGCCAUGGAGAUGCAGGUGCUCGACCAGGCGGGGGCGCGCCAGGGGGUGGCCGCCAUUGGCAUCAGCGCCACGUUCCAGGGGGCCGCCUACGUGCGGGGCAACAACGUGACGGGCGCGGUGCACCUGGACUCGCUGCAGCUGGCGCUCCUCUGGUCGCACAUCGGCGACUUCCACAUGGGCCUCAUUCAGGCGUCGGUGCGCAGCGUGGUGUCGCUGGUGGUGCUGCCGCAGGUGAACCGCCGCCUCGCCACCGGCUUCCCGCUGCCCGUCGUCCCCGGGGUCCGCCUGCGCAACUCGUCGCUCUGCUAUGCGCCCGACAGCCUCAUCGUGUGCACCGACGUGGAGUACCGGGACGGACAGGAGGGGCAGCGAGAAGAGGAGGGGGCGGGCGAGCGCACGGCUGGGGCAGGCGGAACGAGAGGAUGGGGCAGCUGGCGGCGGUGGAUUCCAUAGCGAAACCCUACAUGCCUCCUAGAUGCUCGCGAGCUUGUAAAUCUGCUGAACAGCCUGUAUAUUAUCCAGCAUAGCCGAUGGUUGAAAGUUUGUCAUAGAAGGUGAUUGGCCAUGCCUGACCUUCCCCUGUUCUCUCAUUUGCAAGGCAUGGCGGCCUUAAGCCAUGGCGCGAUUAAGGCAUGGCAAGGCCGCCAUGCUGCAAUUGCUUACUCAAGCAAAAUCCGUCAAUGGAUUGUUUGGUUCCAGAGUGCUUACUGAAGGACGCGAGCUUGUUGGGAACCAAGUUUAUUGUGCUUCCGAAAGUAAAAUAGAGCUAGCUGAUUGUCGACCACGCAAGCC